AAAUAAAAUCAGAAACCCACUUUCCCAAAUCCCAUUUCCUUCUCGUCACCUUCACCGCCAUUUCUCUUCUUCUUCCUUCUCAUCCCUUCUCCUUCUUUCUCAUAUAAACCGACCUUCCCUUUUCUCUGUGCAGCAAAAUCAGGCGGCGGCUUUCACCGAACACGAACACCACUUCUCACGGUGGUUCUACAACCAAUUACCUGUGUUCCUCUUUUUGUAUUUGUUAGUGUAAACAAACUAAGCUGCUAAAGAAUACUGACAUUCCGGAGAGUCCCAUGUUUAAACCCGAAGCCGGAGCAAGAGGUUAUUUUUGUCGACGAAGCUGGCUGUCCUGAGGAGCGUGUCGCAGAAGCCUUCAAGUGCCUCUCUGAAUAUGAUCCUGCAGGCUGUUGGGAAGAUGAUUUGACAAAAUCGUUUCGUUAUUGGAAGAUACGUGAUUUUGCAUAUGCUUAUCGUGCCAAGCUUGUUACCCCAUCGAUGAUUGCUGAGAGAAUAAUCUCAGCCUUGGAGGUCUUUAAUAAAGAAAAUCCGACCACUGCAUUACUCAUAUCUUUUGACGCUGAGGAUGUAAGGGCGCAAGCAGCUGCUUCUACUCAAAGAUUUGAAGAAGGAAAACCUAUAUCAAUUUUGGACGGAGUAUUCAUGACAAUCAAGGAUGAUAUAGAUUGUUACCCUUAUCCAUCUAAUGGUGCUACUACAUGGUUUCAUGAAGUUCGACCGGUUAAGAAAGAUUCAGCAUCUGUUUCUAAAGUGCGCAAUUGUGGUGUAAUUUUAAUCGGAAAGGCAAAGUUGAAGUUCUUUGUUGAUGAUGAAGUCCUUUUGCAAUGUUGCAUGUAUCAAAACCACUAAUUGAACUAAUUAGAG